AUGUUCCAGCGACUUAAAGGCGCAAUAGAUUCCCGCAUCGCCGAAGAACAAGCCCGCCAGCAGGCUACUACGGCUACUCCUGUAUCGAGAUCAAAUUCUGCUCGGCGCCCUACCUCUCGAACUGCGUCGCCGUCCACACGGCCUCGAAGGGCCAAACCAAAAGAAACCGACGGAGCACCAGCUCGCGGCCCAGAUCCGUCCGAAUUCGAGAGUGCUUUUGCUAUAGAGGAUGAUUCGGAAGAUAUAUCCAACGGAGUGACACCAGCAACCGACGAGAAGCCCCCUACAAUGACGGACACUACUGUGACCCCGGCGGAUAACGCAUCUGGGGAUGUCGGCGACAAAGGGAUAGAAAACGCUGCGGCCACGCCGCCAAAGCCUGCCGGAUUACCUGCAGAAGUGCGUGCAAAGUUGCGGAAAUUGGAGACUCUAGAGUCGAGAUAUAAAGAUCUCCUACGGUCCUACCGAAUUGCACAUUCCCGCGCUAUAUCAAUAGAGCCAUUUGAGAAGGCUCUGAAGGAAAAUACUCCUCUAGCAACCAUCGCAGACCCCGAUGCUUUGAUCGAAUAUGUAAAUCAGCUCAAUUUGAAAGGUGAUAUGGUGAUGGAUGAGCUGAAGCGCGUAUCCGCCGACCGUGAUGACUAUAAGAAGAAAUUGGACGAAUCUGAAAAGAAAGCCUUAUCGGCACAGAAUGAGCUUGAGGCUCUCAAAUCCGCCACGCAAAGCGAUGCAACUACGACCGGCGCGCAUGAAAAGGCGGAAACUAUGAGCAUUGAUACGCCAACAGCUUCCGUGAAAUCCCCUGUGUCCUCAGUGUUGGGGAUUUUUUCACCCAAGCAAAAGCCACAAGCAACGUCUGAAAAUAAAGACGUCAGCGAGGAAUUCUUUUCGUAUGACGAUGAGGUGCCUAAACUUCAACAAGAAGUUAAAGACAAAACCGCUGAAAUCGAGGAGUUGAAGUCGAAAGUUGACAGCUUAGGAAAGGAUCUUGCUGUGGCCCAAGAAUCAAGUUCUGGCCUGGUUGAGAGUCUAGAAAAGGCGACACGAGAACUCAACGAGUCCAAGGAAGCUGCAGUAGAUGGCCAAUCCCGACUUAAAGAGCUCGAGGCACAGACCAAGGAACUUGAAAGCCUGAAGCAGACUUUACAGACGAAGGAGAAGCAGCUUGCAGAUCUGGAGACUGGCCUCGCAAACCACAAGAAAGAAUCAACCGAAAAGAUCGCCUUGUUGGAGGGUGACAUUGCAAACCAGAAGAAAACUGCAAAUGGAAAGCUUCAAUCGGAGAUAGAUGCUAGGAAGGAAGCAGAAAGCGCUCGCCAAAUGCUAGAUACUCAAAUUAAGGAUUUGGAGAAGUCACGGGUUGGUGAUACAAAGCGCAUUUCAGAGCUCGUCGAGUCGAAGAAGCUGCUUGAGAAUCAAGUUAAAGAGAAGACGACACAGGAAGUUGACGGCAGUGAGGGCAAGAGCGUAACACCUGCUAGUCAGCCCACGGAAACAACAGCUGGCGCAGCAACAGGCGCAGGAGGUGGUAAGAAAAAGAACAGGAAGAAGAAGAAGGCCGGCAAUGCUGCAGCUAGCGCUGUCAAGGAGGCUCCAGUGGAGAAGGACCAGGAAUCACUCCCCAGCACUCCGGCCACCACCGAUUUGCAAGCUGAGAUAUCUAGGCUCAAGGAUGAAGUGGCGGACCGAGAUACCCAGAUAGCAAAGUUACAAACGAAGCGAAAGACCGAGGAAGAUCUACGAGAAGAGCUUGAGCAUAUGCAAGACAACUUCCUUAAUAUUGGCCAGGAGCAUGUCGAAGCCAAGGAUAAAAUCAAGGAGCUUCAAACCGAGAAGACAGCCCUUCAAGAGAGAAUCAGCAAACUAGAGGGAGAGAUUGAAACCUAUAAGAACCAAUCGAAGGGUGCGGAUAAGGUUGGAGCUGAUUUCAAAUCCUUGACGGCAGAAUACGAAGAUCUCAAAUUGAAAUCUGCUACACUACAGACGGACCUUGGAGCGGCCCAGCAACUUGCGACAUCACGCUAUAGAGAUUUGACGGAUCUCCGGGACGUCUUACAACAGGCUCAGCCUGAGCUCAAAACACUACGCGCCGAGAAUGGCAACUUGAAAGCCACCAAGGACGAACUUGCCACCCGUACAGCGGAUUUGAGAAGGUUGGAGGCUCGAGAAAAAGACCUGAAAUCUGAUGUUGCAAGCUUCAAGAAGCAAGCCGCGGAUCGGGAGAACAAGAUCAGGGAACUGAACGAGCAGGUAACUCAGGAGACGAACGGCCGGCUUCGAGCUGAGGACCAGGUUCGCGUCGCGCAGCGCGAUAUGAGGAAGUCCGAAGCAGAGAAGAUCAAACUUGCUGCUUCGGGAGAAAAAUCGGCAUCAGAGCUUGAAAAGGUCCAAGAAGAAGCUGGUAAACUGAAGGUUAAGGUUCGGGAUCUUGAAGAUCAAGUUUCCAAGCUCACGAGCGAAUCUAAAGGGCUCCGAGAGGAAGUUGAGCUACGUGGCUCGCAAUACAACAAUGCUCAGGGACUGUUAGGCAGCAUGAGAGAUCAAAGUUCGGAGAUGGCCAUGCAACUGAAGGAGGCCAAAGAGCAAUCCGAAAGCCUUGAAGACGAACUAGCAGAGAUCCAAAAAUUACUGAGUGAACGCACUCGUGAGGGCGAGACCAUGCGUAGACUUCUAGCGGACGUUGAUGACCGGGCUGAAGCUAAGAUAAGGGAAAUGAGAGAACGUAUGGAGGCUGCUAUUGAAGAGCGAGACCGUGCGGAGGACGAGGCGAGCACAAACGGCCGACGAAGAGCUCGCGAAGUGGAUGAGCUCAAGACUAAAAUUCGAGAUUUCGAACGGGAUCUGAAGCGAGCUCAAGACGACCGGGAUGAGCUGCAACAGGCCGAGAAAGAAUGGAAGCGGAAGCGUGAUACUCUUGAAGGAGUGUCCGAGAAAGCUGCCCAGGAAGUUAAUGAGAUACGGUCAACUAUGGGCGAGCUUCGCAAUGCUCUUGACGGCAGCGAGAAGCAAGUUCGAGAAGCUGAAAAGCAGCGAACGGAUCUACGUCGACUCUUAGAAGAAGCCAAUCAACGAUACGAGAAACUUCAAAAAGAGUUCAAGACGCUUCAAGCUAAACAGUCGCGGAUGAACGACGUUUCGUCCCGAUCAUCGAUUGACAGUGGCAGGGCGGGGAGUCCUGUCAAUGGUGCGGCAAGGCAGCAAGCAGGACAGAUGGAUUAUGUCUACUUGAAGACCAUCCUCCUCCAGUUUCUAGAACAGAAAGACAAGAAGAGACAGGCCGACUUGGUCAAGACGGUUCUUGGGCAGUUGCUACGUUUCGACAAAAAGGACCAGGAUAAAUGGAUGGCGGCAAUCUCAGCCAAAUGA